UGGCCAAAACGAGAAGUCUUGCGAAUAAAAGCAUUAUCAGAGCAGCAGGUGCUUUCAGAACUGCAAGAGAUUAUGGAAGGACGCAGUUACUCGUGGCACAGCAUAAAUGAACUAUUGCAAGACCAGCUCCACAAAGAAGCCCUUGAAUUCACAUUCAUAGACGGAGAUAUUCUCUUCGAGUGGAACAACCUCUGCAACGAGAAGAGGAAAUGGGAGAGGAAGGGAUGCCUCUCGGACGACUGCGCAGAAUUCAAUAGAGAUUGUUUGACCAAUCUUAAGGUACUACCAUUUCAAGCAGGGCUUGGUCUUGAAAGUAAG